UUCCGUGCCAUGCUCUCCCCCCGCUAUAACGUAAUGUUGGUCUGCCUAAAGAAGCGAAGCGAGACUUCUCGAACACUGCGUGGGCUCUGGUUUGAAGAAGAAGAAGAAGAAGAAGAUCAUGGCUCGUUUAAUCCAUUCAUCGCGACGAUCUAUCUCCGGGAUCUACAGUAGAAUGGCUGUAUCCAAAAAGGGGAGAUUUUUGUCAACUGAUUCCAAGAACGUUGAGGAAGCUGAGACAGUAAAUGUUCCUCCGCCUCCAACUGAGAAGUUACUUGUGCUGGGUGGAAAUGGAUUCGUUGGCUCACAUAUUUGCAAAGAAGCCCUUGGUCGUGGCAUAUCUGUUGCUAGUCUUAGCAGAUCUGGUAGGUCAUCUAUACAAGAAUCAUGGGCUGAUAGUUUGAUCUGGAAUCAAGGAAACCUCCUUUCAGAUGAUUCAUGGAAGGAAGCAUUAAAUGGAGUGACUGCUGUUAUCUCUUGUGUUGGUGGUUUUGGCUCCAACUCAUAUAUGUAUAAGAUCAAUGGAACAGCAAAUAUCAAUGCAAUUAGAGCUGCUGCUGAACAAGGUGUGAAACGAUUUGUUUAUAUCUCCGCUGCUGAUUUUGGCAUCGUAAAUUACUUGCUGCAAGGAUAUUACGAGGGAAAGAGAGCUGCUGAAACAGAGUUAUUGACCAGAUUUCCAUAUGGAGGUGUGAUUUUGAGGCCUGGGUUUAUACAUGGAACUCGCCGUGUUGGGAGCAUGAAGAUACCUUUAGGUGUAAUUGGGUCUCCGUUAGAGAUGAUUCUCCAGCAUGCAAAACCACUGAACCAGGUUCCUCUUGUUGGCCCCUUGUUUACUCCUCCUGUCAGCGUUACCUCGGUGGCAAAAGUUGCUGUCAGAGCAGCAACUGAUCCUGUUUUUCCUCCUGGCAUUAUAGACGCCUUUGGAAUACGACGAUAUAGCCAGCAGAAAUCGGUAUAGAUUUGCUGCGUUUUGUUCAUUGAUACCAAAAUGAAAGUAAAGGCUGUUAAAUUCUUUUUCAUGUUGGAUCAACUCUAGAAUUUUCUUAGUUACAAAUUGUACUUCUGUCGUGUUCCUAGUUUUGAUAAAAUAAAAAUAUGCAUGGCGCAUCCCAUUGAUUUGUUGAA